AUGGCUCAGCUACCGAAAUCAAAAGUGUCAGUUUUGGGUACACGGCCAAGGUGCGAAAGCUUCAUUAUUUCCGCUGCUUUUCUUGAAAAAGAGGUCAAUCAGGAGUUUGACCAUAGACAGCCCAGAAUUACCCAAGUUCUCCGUAAAAUAGUUGCAAUUUGGCCUUAUGAUCACAAUUUUUGGGAGUCUCAUGACAACCUUUCAUCUGGCUAA